AUGGCGCGAGAAAGGGAUGACGCGGACCGCCCGCUGAUGGAUCUGGACGUGGAGGAGAAGGCACCGCGGAUGGUGCAGACGACGGUCGCGGUGGAGGGCAUGACCUGCGGGGCUUGUACGAGCGCUAUCGAAGGCGGGUUCAAGAACCGCGAUGGCGUAACGUCGUUCACGGUCUCGCUGAUCACGGAGCGAGCUGUCGCUGUGCAUGAUGCCGACAAGAUCUCAGCCGAGAAGAUCGCGGAGAUAAUCGAUGACCGAGGAUUCGACGCCCGCCUUGUCUCGUCGGAUCCGGUGGGAGGCGCUGCACAGCGGAGACAGAAGAAUAAGAAGGGGAAGAAGGAGCAGCAGGAGAGCGGACUGGUGCAGACGACGGUCGCGGUGGAGGGGAUGACCUGCGGCGCGUGUACGAGCGCCAUCGAGGGCGGGUUCAAGAAUGUCGCGGGGGUGCAGAGCUUUACCGUUAGCUUGAUCACCGAGAGGGCCGUGGCCGUCCAUGAUCCUGGGGUGCUGAGCGCCGAGAAGGUUGCGGAAAUUAUUGAGGACCGUGGCUUCGACGCACGACUGAUCUCAUCGGAGGCGGUCGGGGGUGCAGCGGCAGCUGGAGGGAUGAAGGAACAAGCGACAAACAUGGCGACGACAACGAUUGCGGUCGAGGGAAUGACGUGCGGCGCCUGUACGAGCUCUGUCGAAGGUGGGUUCAAGAACGUUGCUGGAAUUGUGAGCUUCACGGUUAGUUUGGUGAUGGAGAGGGCUGUGGCGGUUCACGAUCCGAGUGUCAUCUCGCCGGAAAAGGUCGCUGAGAUAAUUGAGGACUGUGGUUUCGGGGCUAAAAUCAUUUCCACCGCCAUGAGCGGCGACGACUCGGAGAAGAAUGCGAAAAUCGAUACGGUGAUCUUCAAGAUCUUUGGUCUCAACUCCGGCGAGGAUGCUGUUGCUCUCGAGAAUGCGCUGAGUGCGCACCAGGGCGUCUGCGACGCUGCGGUAACGUUCGAGAACUCGAGGGCCAAGAUUGAGUACUUUACGUCUCUCACCGGCGUGCGGAACCUCGUAGAAAUCGUGGAAUCGCAUAACCUGAAUGCGCUCAUGGCGGACAUGGAGGACAACAACGCCCAGCUCGAGUCGCUCGCUAAAACUAAGGAAAUCACGGAAUGGCGCAAGGCGUUCCAGUUUUCGGUGGGGUUCGCGGUCCCCGUGUUCUUCAUCAGCAUGAUCAUUCCCAUGUGGUUCAAGGGUGUCAAUCAGUAUUUGGGAGCAUAUGAGCUUCCCAUUCCAGGACUGUUUGUAGGGGAUUUGGUUUGUCUGGUCUUGACGGUACCGGUGCAGUUUGGUGUUGGUGCAAGGUUCUAUAGGUCUGCGUUCAAGAGCUUAAGGCACGGCAGUGCUACAAUGGACGUCCUCGUAGUUCUCGGUACCUCCGCCGCCUUCUUCUUCUCGAUUCUAGCCAUGGUCAUGAGCAUCCUAUGCCCACCUCACAGCAAGCCCAGCACCGUCUUCGACACCUCAACCAUGCUUAUCACCUUCAUCACCCUCGGCCGCUACCUCGAGAACCGCGCAAAGGGCCAGACGUCAAAGGCGCUCAGCAGACUCAUGUCGCUCGCCCCGUCAAUGGCAACAAUCUACGUCAACCCCGAAAAGGCCGGCAUCCAAAGCGACGCCUCAAACGACAACACCAACACCGCCGAGGAGCGCACCAUCCCAACGGAGCUCAUCCAGGUCGGCGACAUUGUCAUCGUGCGCCCCGGCGAGAAGAUCCCCGCGGACGGCAGCGUCGUCACGGGUGAAUCCUACGUCGACGAAUCCAUGGUCACCGGCGAGGCAAUGCCGAUCCUGAAACGCAAGGGCGAGAUGCUGAUCGGUGGGACGGUCAACGGUGCUGGGCGUCUGGACUUUAGAGUCACCAGGGCAGGGCGCGACACGCAGCUGGCGCAGAUUGUGAAGCUGGUACAGGAGGCACAGACGUCGAGGGCGCCGAUCCAGCGCAUGGCGGACAUUGUCGCGGGCUAUUUCGUCCCGAGUGUUAUCUGCCUGGGCCUUGUUACUUUUAUCGGAUGGAUGGUGCUCGCGCAUGUGCUCAAAAACCCCCCGGCGAUCUUCAAGCAGGCGGCGAGUGGUGGGACGUUCAUGGUGUGCCUGAAGCUCUGUAUCUCGGUCAUUGUCUUUGCCUGUCCUUGCGCGCUUGGUCUUUCCACGCCCACUGCGGUCAUGGUCGGUACUGGUGUCGGUGCAGAACAGGGUAUUCUUGUCAAGGGCGGUGCCGCACUCGAGACCGCAACCCGCAUCACUCAGGUCGUAUUAGACAAGACCGGGACUCUGACCGUCGGGCACAUGACCGCCACGCUCAGCAAGCGUGCUGGAUCGUGGGGCAGCUCUCGCCGCGAAACUGAGCUCUGGUGGCUGCUUGUCGGCAUCACCGAGGCUGGCUCCGAGCACCCCGUUGGUCGUGCCAUCACUUCUGCUGCACGGGAAGCUCUCGGCCUUGGUCCUGAAGGCGUUCUUGACGGGUCCGUCGGCGAGUUCAAGGCCGUUGUUGGCCGCGGUGUAGAGGCAAUGGUCAAGCCCGCGAGCGAGCGGACAAACUACAAGGUCCUGAUCGGAAACACAAAGUACCUCGAAGAGAACAACGUCGUCGUCCCCGUCGAAGCCGAGCGUCAAGCCAAGGGUCUCGGCGCCAGCCAGGUCGACGAGGACGGCAAGGUGAAGGGCAGGACCUAUGUAUUUGUGUCCAUCGACGGCGAGUACUCGGGUCUUAUCGCGCUGAGUGACGAGGUGAAGAAGGACGCCAGAUAUGCCGUUGACGCACUGCGGAGGCUGGGUGUCAAGAUCGCUAUGGUUACUGGCGACCAGAUGGUGACGGCCCUGCAGGUUGCAAAAGAGGUUGGGAUCGACGCAGACAUGGUCUGGGCCGGCGUCUCACCAGACGAGAAGCAGGACAUCGUCAAGAAGAUGAAAAUGCAAGGCGAAAUCGUGGCCAUGGUCGGCGACGGAAUCAACGACUCCCCCGCUCUAGCAACCGCAAACGUCGGCAUCGCCAUGGCGUCAGGCACCGACGUCGCCAUGGAGGCCGCCGACAUCGUGCUCAUGCGCCCGCAGUCGCUCCUCGACAUCCCCGCGGCCCUGCACCUCGCACGCACAAUCUUCAACCGCAUCAAGCUCAACCUCGUGUGGGCGUGCUGCUACAACCUCAUUGGGCUCCCGUUCGCCAUGGGCUUCUUCCUGCCCGUGGGGCUGCACCUGCACCCGAUGGCGGCGGGGGCGGCCAUGGCGGCGAGUAGUGUGAGUGUUGUGGGGUCCAGCUUGCUGCUGAGGCUGUGGAAAAGGCCGAGGUGGAUGACGGUUGAGGGGAUGGAGGCGGAGGAGAAGAGGGCGGCGGGGAGGGUGAAGGGGGAGAGGGGGUGGUGGAGGUGGGGGUGGUGGAGGUCGGCGCAGAGGGGGUAUGUGCCGUUGGCGGAUUUGGGGGAUGUGUAG